GGAUAGGGGGAGGAGUGACUGUGCUUCUGCUGCAGCGGAGAAUGACAGGAUGAGAGAGAGGGAGAGCGAAAAAAGAUAGAGCAAGAGACGGGGUUGCUUGUCUAUUAUAGGGGCUGAAUCGGGUAUUCACUUAGCAGCCAGAGGAAAACAUGGAGAUGGGGAGUAAUGACUGAAUAUACGCUGGUCCUAGAAGCUGAUUGAUCCCAAAGCCUUGUCAGAAGUUCAAGGAUCCCACUCAUUUAUUCAGCAUACCAUUGUGACACCAUUCAAACAGUGGUUCCACAGUCCUGUACAUAGUUGACAUUGAAGAUCACGUUCAGCGAUACUUCAGAGAUUUUGUCAGGCAGCAGGAUUUGAUUUUGAUAUUGUGGGAGCUCCAAGGAAUUGCGUUAUGUCUGUGUGAAGAACCGGCAAAGCUGUCCUCGAGAUUAACACUCAUGUUACGAGUCAGCAUGCUGGAUUGCAAAGCCAGGUGCAGUGGUAAGCCUAGAUGUACAGCAGCAAGCAGAACUCAUCUGUAGAGGACAACUGACAGCACCCGACUCCUCUUUUGGUCUCAUAAAUAGGGGUCAGCUUCAUUACCUGCCUACCCUGCCUUGGAGACUGUGAAGCACGUCGAAUACCAGGGGGCUUCCUCAAUGAAACCACAGUGAAGAGAACAAAAUAAAAAAUAUUCAUGUCAGGGCUUUGGUUAACACAUCCUGUCCCCUGCGGAGUGGACUGACCCAGCAGGUGCUUCCAGAUGAGAGAUUAACAGCCUGGUGACGACUACAGGUUCUGCUGCGGGUCGGGCAGCACCUCUACAUGAUCACAUGACUCUUGAUAUGGAUGCGGUCCUGUCAGACUUUGUUCGGUCCACAGGGGCAGAACCUGGUCUGGCAAGAGACCUGCUGGAAGGUAAAAACUGGGACUUGAGUGCUGCCUUGAAUGACUAUGAGCAGCUGCGACAGGUCCACACUGCCAAUCUCCCCCAGGUCUUCAACGAGGGACGGUACUACAAACAGCAGCAGCGGGAUCAACCCCAGCCACUGAACAAGAUCGAGCAGACUGGUGUUCAGAGACAGGAUGACAUUGCUCAAGAAAAGCGUCUCUCCCGGGGAAUCUCUCACGCAAGCUCAGCCAUAGUCUCCCUGGCUCGCUCCCACGUUGUGAGCGAGUGCAGCAGCGAGCUGUUCCCUCUGGAGAUGCCUAUUUACACAUUCCAGCUACCCGACCUCAGCGUGUAUAGUGAAGACUUCCGGAGCUUUAUUGAGCGGGACUUGAUAGAACAGUCAACCAUGGUGGCGUUAGAACAAGCAGGUCGUCUAAACUGGUGGGCCACCAUGUGCACCAGCUGCAAGCGUCUUCUUCCGUUGGCCACGACCGGGGAUGGAAACUGUCUCUUACACGCAGCCUCUUUAGGAAUGUGGGGUUUCCAUGACAGGGACUUGGUGUUGAGGAAAUCCCUCUAUGCUAUGAUGAAGAGUGGUGCUGAGCGUGAUGCCUUGAAGAGACGGUGGAGAUGGCAACAAACGCAGCAAAACAAGGAGUCUGGUUUAGUUUACACAGAAGACGAGUGGGAGAAGGAGUGGAGUGAGCUGCUCAAGCUGGCUUCCAGUGAACCGCGCACACACUUCAGCAAGAAUGGAGGCAGCGGUGGAGCUGUUGACAAUUUGGAGGACCCUGUGUAUGAAAGUCUGGAAGAGUUCCAUGUUUUUGUGUUGGCUCACGUGCUGCGACGGCCCAUCGUGGUGGUGGCGGACACCAUGCUCAGAGACUCUGGGGGAGAAGCAUUUGCACCAAUUCCAUUUGGAGGCAUCUAUUUACCUCUGGAAGUCCCACCUAACCGCUGCCAUUGCUCCCCGCUUGUCCUGGCCUAUGACCAGGCCCACUUCUCUGCACUGGUAUCCAUGGAGCAGAAGGACCAGCAACGGGAACAAGCGGUAAUUCCUCUGACUGACUCUGAACACAAGCUGCUGCCACUGCACUUUGCUGUUGAUCCUGGGAAGGACUGGGAGUGGGGGAAGGAUGACAGCGACAACACCAAACUGGCCAAUCUUAUCCUGUCUUUGGAAGCAAAGCUUAACCUGCUACACAACUACAUGAAUGUAACAUGGAUCCGCAUUCCAUCUGAAACAAGGGCUCCUCUGGCUCAGCCAGAGUCUCCCACAGCCUCAGCGGGCGAGGACGUCCAGUCGCUGGCUGACUCCAUGGACUCCGACCGAGAAUCUGUCUGCAGCAACUCCAACAUCAACAACGGCAAGCCCAGCAAAGAAAAGGAGAAGGACAAGCAGAGGAAGGAGAAAGACAAGAACCGGACAGACUCUGUAGCUAACAAACUUGGAAGUCUUAGCAAAACCCUGGGGAUCAAGCUGAAGAAGAACAUGGGAGGGCUGGGGGGCCUGGUUCAUGGAAAAAUCAACAAAUCCAACUUGAGUAAUGGCCGGAAUGGGGAAAACGGCGAGAAGAACAAGAAGAAGGAAUCAAAAUCCCGCAAAGGGAGCAAAGAGGAAUCCGGACAGUCCUCCAGCACCUCCCCGUCGGAAAAGACUACCAGCCCAUCUCCCACCGAUAGGGCAUCAGGAACAUCUCCAGUGGAGAAGCGCAACAGCUCAGUGAAACCCCCUGGUGAGAAACAGUCAGACCAAUGGAAGUACAGCACCGACGUGAAGCUGAGUCUGAACAUCCUCAGAGCAGCCAUGCAAGGGGAACGAAAGUUCAUCUUCGCAGGUCUACUUCUGACCAGCCAUAGACACCAGUUCCAUGAGGAGAUGAUUAGCUUUUACCUAACCAACGCCCAGGAACGAUUCAGUGCAGAGCAGGAGCAGAAGAGGAAGGAGUCUGAAAAGAAGCCAGUUGUCAAUGGGACAGCUGCAAAGAAACCAGAGCAGGAAACGUUCCAGAAAGAAAAGGCAGAAAGCUCACCGCGAGAGGACUCCUCUCCAGUCUUGCACCAAAGCCAUACUUCGCAGCUGGUUUUGAAACUGCAGGAUCGGCACAGCCCCACACCGGGCUCUUUCUCCUCGCCUAGCAAUGGUGCUAAGAAAUCUGGGCCCAUCCCAGUAUCUGCCCACUAUAGCCAUACCCCACCUAUCCAGAGGCAAAGUGUCAUUCAUCUUGGAGAUGUCAACUUGAAGUCCUCAAACUUCCAGGACAACACAUACAAGCCCAAAGUUGGCACCCUAAAGACGUGUGCCACAUAUCCCCAGCAGAACCGCUCACUGUCCUCUCAGAGCUACAGCCCGGCUCGCUUGUCAGGGAUCCGUACAGUGAACACGGUAGAGUCUCUGUCCUACUCCAUGCCUGGGGAUCACAAAUCCCACACUUACACCAAUGGCUUCAAUGCGAACGAUGUUCGGGACUGUUUGGAAUAUGCAGACGAGGAUUCUCCCCAGGCCUGGUUAAACCAUGACAGAACCAAAGGUCACAGCACAGUGUGCCCACCCUACUUGAUCCAACAAAAACGGUGCAAGAAGGAGAACUGUUCCUUUUACGGCCGGUCAGAGACUGACAACUUCUGUUCGUACUGCUACAAAGAGGAGAUGAAACAUAGAGAAAAGGAAGGCAAGAACCACAGGCUUGGAUAGUCUAUACUGCAGCACCAGCCCACGUUAUCAGCUGGUUGAAGCAGCGUCAACAGGAGUCCUCUUUUGUCCUGAAGCACUAAAGGAUAGAAUCUUCUCCUCAGCACUUAGUGAAUUAUCUACAGUAGAUCAUAACAAAUGUCCUACUCUAUUACAAAUAACUGUUUUAUGUUUUUUUUCUUGUUACUUCUCUCAAUACUACUCUCAAUAUCAAGGGACACUGUCACUUGAUAUUACACUUUGUGGAGCUGAGAAUUCCAUUUACAGCUUUGGCCAGGGAUUUUUAUUUUUCCAAAAUUUAGUUUAGAGAUACAUUUUAGUUCAAUAAAUCAAAAAGGUUACCCACACUUUACCCUGUUGCUCUUAAUUGCUGACAACUUCUUUGGCAUAAACAUAAAUAAUUGCUGCACUGUGAGAAAAACACAGUGUGUAGCACAUAAAAGAUAACAAAUAUCUGGGUAAAGCAAAGAUCAGGGAUGACGUGCAAAGAGAUAAAAAAAAGGAUCAGUAGAAAUCAACACGUUGAACCAAAUUAUCAGAGUAAGAAGGAUGUGUACAAUUGACUAUGUCCAUAAAAAUAAAUCCUUAUGUCUUCAUGGAUGUUUAACUCAUUAGAAAUUAAAUUUAAACUCCAGAAAAAUACAAAUGUUUGGAAGUCAUUUCUUACAGCAAUAAAGGCAUUGGUGUAAAUGUAUGUAUUAUAAUGCUACCAUAAGGCUUCUCCCUAUGGUUUUGUACAGGUUAAGAAAAAAAAAGCCAUAGAAACUCAGUUUGGUUUAAGCAAUACAGCAGACUGCAGAUCCAAGCCAUGUCUGUAACCUGACAAGAUGUCUGGCAGCCGAAAUCUAAAAAAUAAAGUCAACACAGGUUUUUAAAUCUGUUUGUUUAAA